CACAAGCGCUCUGCGCCCCACCCUGUGCUGUCCGGCAAUGGGGACACGGUGGUGACCGCAACGACCCAGGUCCUGCCCUCCCAGGACUCACAGUCCAGAUGGGGAGACAGGCCCACCCCCCGACCGUGAGCAGCCAGGGUGGUCAGGGUGCUCUUAACCACCACCACCCCCUCCGAGAGUCCAGGAGGGCUUUCUGGAGGAGGAGGAGGAGGAGGAAUUGGGCAAGCAAUGAAACAGAGCAGAGGGAAGCGGGGAUAUGCUGGGCCGGGAGGGCAGAAGGGAGGCGGAAUAACCGGAGCACAGAGUUCCCGGGAGGAAGGGGUGUCCGAGAGGCCAGUCGAGCCGGCAGGGGCCAUGCCGAGGAGCUGGGCUUUCUCCCGAGGGCGCCGGGGAGUAACGCAGUGACGGGUGGACAGUGUCACCAACCCCUUUGAUAAGAGGACGAGGAGCAGAAGCAGGCCUGAUGCCAAGGUCGGUCUGGGACAAGAGCCCCGCCCUGCAAGGGCAGCUCAGGGACACGGGGCCCGAGGAGCAAACUGGGACAGCUGAGCCACAGGGACGGCCCCCUACCCGGAGGCAGGCCACUGGGGCCCGAGAAGGGCCGGGGGACCCAGAAGCCAUCAAGAGCAGCUCAUGGAGACUCGGCAAGGGACUGCCUCCGGCCCCACUUCGGGGAAGUGCAGAGCCAGGGUCAAAACAGGGCCCUCUGUGGCCCCAGAGGCUCCGCAGACCCAUCAGACAGACACGGGAAAGAAGGCCUCAAGGAAAGACAGAAUGCGCGCUUCUCACCGUGUGCAGGAAGCCAGUUGGCAGCACGGCCCCAAAGAAAGCGCGUAGCCGCCGAGCCUCCUUCCCUCGGGGUGGCUUUGGAGACAGGGCAGGGUUCGAACUCCCUCUCGCUGCAGGAACUUGGGCAAGUCAGAGCCCGUGCCUGGCGCCUCAGUUUCCCCAUCUGCAAAUGGGGGUUCUAACAGUGCCCACCUCACAGGAAGUCCCCUGAGAAGAUACCGGAAGGUCACCCACGGCGCAGAGGCUGGAAAACGGCAGUCGCUGCUGAUUGGUUUUAUUCUUUGGUGACCCCCCAAGUGCACCAGGGCCCGGGGUCCCGCGCCAGACGGAGCCAGGUCCCAACCAGGAAGGGCCUCGGAGCAUCGGGACGCCAACGCCGCUGUCUUUGAGUCCGGGUUGGGGGCGAAAGAUGGCACUGACGGGGUGCAGCUGGCUCUUCCUCAGCGCCGCCUUCCUGAGCGCGGGGGCCGAAAUCUCUAUCACCCCCGAGCCUGCCCAGCCAGCCGAGGGGGACAACGUCACACUGACCGUCCACGGGCUUUCGGGGGAAGUGCUUGCCUACAACUGGUACGCGGGGCCCACGCUCAGCCUGACGUACCUGGUGGCCAGCUACAUCGUGAGCACGGGCGACGAGACCCCUGGCCCGGCCCACACGGGACGGGAGGCUGUGCGCCCCGACGGCGGCCUGGACAUCCGGGGCGCCCUGCCCGGGCACUCGGGCACCUACAUCCUGCAGACCCUCAACAGGCAGCUCCAGACGGACGUGGGCUACGGACACGUGCAGGUCUAUGAGAUCCUGGCCCAGCCUGUGGUCACGGCCAACAACACGGCACUGGUCGAGCGCCGAGACACCCUGCGCCUGGUGUGCAGCAGCCCCAGCCCCGCUGAGGUCCGCUGGUUCUUCAACGGCGAAGCCCUGCCCAUCGCCAUCCGCCUCGGCCAGUCCCCCGAUGGCCGGGUACUGACCCGGCAUGGCGUCCGCAGAGAGGAGGCGGGAGCCUACCAGUGUGAGGUCUGGAACCCGGUCAGUGUCAGCCGCAGCGAGCCCGUCAACCUGACCGUGUACUAUGGCCCGGAACGCGUGGCCAUCCUCCAAGAUUCCACCACCCGCACGGGCUGUACCAUCAGACUGGACUUCAACACGUCCCUCACCCUGUGGUGCGUGUCCCAGUCCUGCCCAGAGCCCGAGUAUGUGUGGGCCUUCAACGGGCGGGCCCUCAAGAACGGGCAAGACCACCUCAACAUCACUAGCAUGACGGCGGCCCAGGAGGGCACGUACACGUGUAUUGCUAAGAACCCCAAGACCCUGCUUUCCGGAUCCGCCUCGGUGGUGGUCAAGCUCUCCGCGGCAGCGGUCGCCAUGACGAUUGUGCCCGUGCCCACCAGGCCGAUGGAGGGCCAGGAUGUGACGCUGACCGUCCAGGGCUACCCCAAGGACCUGCUGGUCUACGCCUGGUACCGCGGGCCUGCCUCGGAGCCCGGCCGGCUGCUCAGCCAACUGCCGUCAGGCAACUGGAUCGCAGGCCCCGCGCACACAGGCCGGGAGGUGGGCUUCGCCAACUGCUCACUGCUGGUGCAGAAGCUGAACCUCACGGAUGCCGGCCGCUACACCCUCAAGACCGUCACGUUGCAGGGCAAGACCGAGACCCUGGAAGUUGAGCUGCAGGUGGCCCGUGAGUGUGUCAGAGGGGGGCAGAGGGUGUAUCUUUUCAGACAGACGCUCCCAAAGCGGGGCUUUGUCUCCUCCAGAGGGGGGAGGGGAGCACGGACGAAGGGUGGAUCGGGGUCCCCAACAGACUUGAAAGAAGGGGCUCCCUCUCCUCCCUCUGACUUGGGGAUCUCCAAAUGGAGUUUUUGGCCUCUUCUGUCAAACCGACAGCCUAAACUAGAGGUAGAUAGGCCUCCUGCAUGGAACCGAAGGCUACCAAAGGGGGAUUCCACGCCUCCUCUCUCAUAUAAGAAGUACACCAGACUGAAGGUCUCAAGAAAGGAGGCACAGUCUGAGCGUAGGGCACCCUUUUUCCUGCAGGUGGGUAGACCGAUUGCCUCCGCUACUUUAUUGGGAAAGUGGGUUAAUGAUGGGAGUGUACCUCCCCCAUCAGACUGGAUGUAUAGUACGAGGGUGGAUCGUAACUCCCUCUUUAGACUGGGAGAUCCUAGACAGUUGGCAUCAUGUCUCGGCCUCUGCAUUAGGGUAAGAGUGAGGACAGAAUUUCUACCAUCAGAGGGGGACAUUUUUCUCUCAAAGUGAAAGAGGAAAAAUCUCCUCCAUUAGGAUAGAGGCUUCUAGGUGAUGGGAAUUUUGUCUCCUCCCUCAGACUGGGAAUUCCCAGUGGUCAGGAGCCAUGUCUCUUCCAUCAGUCUGGGAAUUCCCAGAUGUUGAAGACCAUGUCUUGCCCAUCAUAGUAGGGACUCCCAGAGUCAGGGACCAUGUCUCCUCCAUCAGACUGGGAGCUCCCAGAAACAGGUCUCCUCCAUCAGACUGGAAGUUCUCGGAGUCAAUGAACCAUGUCUCCCACAUCAGACUCGGACCUCCCAGGGUUAAAGACCAUGUCUCCUCCAUCAGACUGGGAGCUCCCAGAAACAGGGACCAGGUCUCCUCCAUCAGACUGGUAGUUCUCAGAGUCAAUGAACCAUGUCUCCCACAUCAGACUGGGAGCUCCCAGAGUUAAAGACCAUGUCUCCUCCAUCAGACUGGGAGCUCCCAGAGUCAGGGACCAUGUCUCCUCCAUCAGACUGGGAGCUCCCAGAAACAGGGACCAGGUCUCUUCCAUCAGACUGGAAGUUCUCGGAGUCAAUGAACCAUGUCUCCCACAUCAGACUGGGAGCUCCCAGGGUUAAAGACCAUGUCUCCUCCAUCAGACUGGGAGCUCCCAGAAACAGGGACCAGGUCUCCUCCAUCAGACUGGAAGUUCUCGGAGUCAAUGAACCAUGUCUCCCACAUCAGACUGGGAGCUCCCAGAGUUAAAGACCAUGUCUUCUCCAUCAGACUGGGAGCUCCCAGAGUUAAAGACCAUGUCUCCUCCAUCAGACUGGGGGCUCCCAGAACCAAGGACCAUGUCUCCUCCAUCAGACUGGGGGCUCCCAGAGCCAAGGACCAUGUCUCCUCCAUCAGACUGGGAGCUCCCAGGGGCAGGGACCAUAUCUCCUCCAUCAGACUGGGAGCUCCCAGGGGCAGGGACCAGGUCUCCUCCAUCAGACUGGGGGCUCCCAGAGUCAGGGACCAGGACCAUCCCCAUCAGACUAGACAUCCCCAGAGGUCCAAGAGGCCAUGUCCCUGAGGCAGGCUUCAUCCCAUUAGACCAGGAGCUCUCAGACACUGGGAACUUGGUCAUUCUCCAGUCUGGAGCCUCCUCUCCCCCAUCAGACCAGGCAUUUUUGGAAGCCCUGAGUCAGGGAUGGCAUCUCCCAGCUCAGAUGUGAACUUUCUGGGGUCAGGAAAUCAGUCACUGCCAGGCACCCCUUCCUUCAUCAAACCCUGGUCCUGGGUCAGUGCUGGAGGUAGAAUGCUCUUCGAUGACAGCAGGCCACCCCCCACCCCAUGAAGCCUCGGAAAUCCUUUUCACCCUGUCUCUCUUCUCACAGUCAACCUCCCUCCCCUGCAUGAGGACCAACGCCACCUUCCUGAACCUGAACCUGGCACAGGCUGAGCGUGGGGCCGCGGGAGGCUGGGGGUGGGCAGGGGAGCACGAGGGGUGGGGGCACCGGGAGCUCGUCCUCUACCUCCCUGACAGCCUCUUCCACCCUUCUGCCCCCUCCCCCCCUCAGCCCUGGAGUAGCAGCGCAGCUGUGGCUGUGGGGACCUCCGGAGAGAAGAGCUCUUCACGCCGUCCUCCCCUUCUCCUCCCCCUGAUUGGAGGACCACUUGUUCCCAGGGAGGGUGCCGGACUGACCACGGUCGGCUGUUCUCCUGCUUCCGCGCUAGAGCUAGAACUGACAGGGCCCUACUUCUCUGAGUUGUCGGACAGCCACAGAGGCCAUAAAUGUCCUGGUUAACACA